AGAUUUGUGUUUAUACUAGUUUUUGUAUGUGCCGGCAUAUAAAGAGUGUAGAUAAGUCAUUUAAAAAAACAAAGUGUUUUUUAAAAAUCAGUGUGGGUGAGAAAGAACAGUAAGAACAGCAACUGCCAUAGUUACUUUGAUCAAUCAGUUAUCAUCAUGAGUUCAGAAGAUCAAUUCACUUCUGUCCAGUGGGAUAGAGGAGAAAUAGAUAACGUGGACCAUGAAUCAGAAAGACCCCAUACGAUUACAGAAGAAGAAUCCAAUUCUGAUGGUGGUGGUGGUGGCCAACCAUCAUACGAAAAUGAAGCAGAAUCAUCAUUACCUCCACCUCCAACUAUAUCAAACAUUGCCAUUGAACAACCUAACCAUAUCAUUGAUGUGAAGCAUACAUCUAAUACAGUUGCUGGUGAUGAAGAUGAAGGGAAUGUUACUCCUGAUGAGGCGCAAGCUAGUGCAGAAGAAACAGCUUUAUUUAAUAAAUAUGCUAUCGAAACAUCAGUUUCUGCUCCUAUAAGAGAUUUAGAUAGUUCAUCUAAACCAUACAUCUCAUAUUUGGUAGUAACCACCACCAAUCAUGCUAAUAUAUUGAAAUUGUCGUCUCAGAAAUUAUCUAACCCAGAUGAUUAUCUUACUAUGAAAGUAAGGAGAAGAUAUGGAGAUUUUAAUUUACUUCAUGAAUGUUUAAGUAAUGAUUAUCCCACUGCAUUGAUACCACCUAUUCCAUCUAAACUGAAUUUCAAAUACCUUACGGGUGAUACAUUCAGUUCAGAGUUUGUUAAUAGACGUUUACAUUCAUUAGAUAGAUUUAUUAAAUUUAUCUUACUUCAUAAGAGAUUAUCUCAACUGCCUAUGUUUCAUUUAUUCAUUAGUGAUUCGAACGAUUGGGCUAAUUUUGCAAAGAAUUUGAAAGUUAAAGAUAUAGAAGAUAGUAAUAAUGGAUUUGUUAAUAAAGUGGUUAAUGAAGAAUUAUUUACUGAAACUGUGAUGAAUUUUUUUACCCCUGGUAAGCAUAAAAAAGAAACUAAUAAGGAUAUACUUGAAAUAAGUGAUAAAUUAAAAAAGAUCUAUGAAAAUUUAAUCAAAUUAGAUAAGAUGUUUGUUAAGCUUAAUAAAAAGAAUCAUGAUUUAAGUACUGAUUAUGAACAAUUUCUGAAUCAAAUUUUAAAAUUAACUUUGGUGCAACAAUCUGAAUUAGGAUCAACUUCAGAACCAACCACUCCAAUUAAACAAAUCACCUCCAGCACCGAAGAUAUCACAUCAAACUUUAAGAUAUUUGCUGAUUCAUUGAAUUAUUUUCUGACAAAUUGGGCUAAUUUGUAUAAAUACGUUGAUGAUACAUUCCUAGUGGCAUUAAAAGAUUGUGCCAAAUACAUUUUAAGUUUAAAUAACUUGAUUGAAUUAUUACAUAAUAAGAAAAUAGAUCAACAAAUGUUACAUGUUUAUUUAAACAAUGCUAGAAGUGAUUUGGCUGGUUUAGGUGCAAGUAGCACUAGUGGUGGCGGUUCUGGUAAUCAUCAUCCUCCUCCUAACCCUGUAUCUUUUUCUCAUAGUGCAAAUGCAGGAAUUGUAAAUAGUACCACUCAAUUGAUUAAAGAUACUUUAUCAACAUCUGCAACUGCUCAUAUAGGUUCAACUGCUACUGAAAAUAAAAUUCUUAAAUUACAAAUGAGAGUUACUCAAUUAGAAGAUGAAAUAAGUGCUCUGACAAAAGUUGUAAAUGAAUUAACUAGUAGAAUCAUUAAUGAAGAGUAUCCGAAUUGGGAUAAGUUCAAUAGAAAUGAAUUAAAAAAUUCAAUGGUGGGACUUUGUGAUGAACAAAUAUCAUUUUAUAAAGGAUUGGUUGAUAAUUGGGGAGGUUUGGAACUGAAAUUACUUAAACGUUUAGAUGAUUUAAAGUAAGUAUAACAUACAUACAUACAUACAUAUUCUGAGAGCUUUUAAUAUAUAAUUAAUCGUUAAUUUUUACAUAC